UGCUCUUUGUACUUUCUCACCUAAUGUCUCUUUUAGGGGAGAUCUCAACACAGAAAAUCGAUGCACUAGAAACAGUAAAACGUGUCUCAGAGGGUGAUCCUGUUACUCUCUCCUGCAAGUACAGUGUCAGUGGUAAUAAUUAUGCUCUUCAGUGGUAUCUCCAAUAUUCCAGAUCUAGACCAGCGUUUAUAGAUUAUAUCCUCCCUAGUCAAACUGACAGAGACUCUGUUCUUCCUGGUAUGUCUGUAAACCUUGAUAAAAAACAAAGCCGUGUGGAUCUGCUGAUCUCCUUUGCUACAAUAUCAAACUCCGCACUGUACUACUGUGCCCUGGCGCCCACAGUAACAGGAAACCCAGCAAUGCUGUACAAAAAAACCUCCCACCGUGAAGGUGUUUUUUGUGCUGAUCAAAUUGGACCAAACCAGGAUCAGGAUACUGAGGUUUUUCAUGAAGAGGGACAAUCAGUUACACUGGAAUGUUCAUAUGAUUCAACUAAUCAAUAUAUUGAUCUUUACUGGUACAGACAGCAUCCUAACAAAGCACCACAGUAUUUAUUGUAUAAACCUGCUCGAUCAAGUCCGAGUGACUCUAUAGCAGAGCCAAUAGAACCACUUUCCCUCAAUGAAGCUGUGCUUCAGGGUGGUAAUGUUACUCUGUCCUGCAACUACAAAGAGUUUAGUAGUACUGUACAUAAUCUCCAGUGGUACCGACAGUAUCCACAAUCCAGACCAGAAUUCCACGUUUACAUCUUUAUGAAGAUUCGGUUUGGUACUGAGUCUGAACUGUACAGCUGGAAGGCGAAUAAGAAGUGA